CCCAGUCCCGUAGUUAGGGCUUGCACGCAGUUAUAAUUGCAUAGGGUGUAGGUGUGUGAGGACGUGAGGGAGCAGGGCGGAGGGAGGGGAAGGUAGGUAGGUAGGUAGGUAAGGAGCUGGUUUCCGGAGCAGCACAAAACAUAACGUGAACGCAAAGUAUUGUUUAACAAGGGUGGAGGAGAACUGCUUUCCACGUUUUUACAAGAAAAUCGUAGCAUGGUUUGGGUUGAAGGGGAACUUAAAGAUCAUCGAGUUCCAUCCCCCGCCAUGGGAGGGGCACCUUCCGCUCGAUCAGGUUGCUUGAAGCCUCCUCCAGCCUGGCCUUGAACACCUCUGAGGAACCUGUUCCAGUGCUUCACCACUCUCACAGUGCAGAACUUCUCCACAAUAUUUCAUCUAAAUCUCUCCUCUUUCAGUCUAAAACCAUUUCCCCUUGUCUUAUCACUACACUUCCUGAUAAAGAGCAUUUGGGGUUAUUAAUGCACUUAAAAAGUUUUUUUAGACUGACAGUUUGCUUGCCUGUUGAUUAUUUUUUUGACAGCAGACACGCCUAUUAUUUUGUUUUCCGGAAUUCUAAACAUCUACAAAGUAGCAUACUGAGUUCCAUUUGUAACUCUGGGGUGGCCUCUUGAUCUUUAAAGGAAAAGUCUGUUUUGCAGAGGCCCCUAAGCUCUGAUAAAUGAGAACAAAAUAAAUGUUAAAAAAAAAAAAUCAGAUGCAGAUUCUGUGUUGGCAUUGGUUGUUCUUAAAAGCUUUCUUUCACAGCUUUUUUCUAGCAUGAAUAUUUUACUUGCUUUGCUGCCAGACUUACGUAGAGCUAUGUUAUUUUUUCGUCCUUCUGCUCAGGGAUUAUGUAGCUGUUUUGAUUUCUUUUGUACUUUUACUUUUCAUUUAAUAAUUUUUUUUGAGAUUUUUUCAAUACAUCUUUGUUGCAAGCAGAAUUCAUUCAAUGAUGUAUAUUAACAUUUUUACCUUGCACUUCAGGAAGUUAAGUUAUUGUCAGCUUCAGAUACCAAAGAUGCCUAACCUCUCCAGAUGAUAGGGGUUUUUUGACAGUCAACCUUUGGGCAACCUUUUAAUUUAAAAUCCUUUUUAUUUCUUGUGCUAUGUAUCUUUUGAUAACUUUGGAGGAUAACAUGGUUGUGUUGCUAGACACUUGCCUUAUCAUUUUCCCUUAGGCUGUUAUUUCCUGGGUUUGGGGUUUUUUAGUGAAAGAAUGCUAAAUUGCAACACAGAUGGGGAUGCAAUUUGAAAAUGUCAUGGAAGGCCAAACUGAAAUCUUUUUAACUUUUGGAAAAAAAAAAUCAGAAAGUUCUUGGUAAGAAAGGAUCGUUACUAUCUCUUCGUAACAUGACACGCUUGUGGCUAUAUACUUAGUUUGAUCUAAGUUUAUUUAGUGGUUAUGAGUUGUGUAGCUUACCAUUUCUCACUCAAUUUUGGCGUUUUUUGCCAUGGUUUUCAACACUCUUUUGUAAAAGCAAAGGCAUUUUUUAGAUGUAAUAAUUUGAAAUUAAAUUCAUUUUGACUGUGUUUAGUUUCAGAAUUGUCCACAAGAACAUCUUGUUGAUCUCUCUGUUCAUCCACAUUUCAAUGCUUUAUAUUUCCAUUGUACUUGUGAACUAGAAGUAAUUGUAUAUGUUAUUUCUUAAAUCCAUCCAAGAAGUUCGGUGUGUCUUCCCCUUUGUUGGCUAUGUGGUCGUUACAGAUCAGUCAUGACAAAUGAAAAGAUCACCCAGAAGACACAAUGAGUGUUAAAGCUUUCAAGCUCGUUUCUGCUGUUGAGCGGGAGAUGUUAAUGGGAGACAAGAAUUACAUCAACAUUGAAUGCAUCGAGUGUUGCGGAAAGAACCUCUAUAUUGGAACCAAUGACUGCUUUAUCUAUCACUUUCUGUUGGAUGAAAAGGUAUCGACAGCUGGAAAAAUAACUUUUGCUGCCACCAAGCAACUGCACAAGUACCUGGGCUUGAAGAAGCCUGUGAGUGAGUUGAAAGCAGCCUCUGCCCUCACCAGGCUUCUUGUGCUUUGCGACAACACAAUAACACUAGUUAACAUGAUGAACUUGGACCCUGUCCCGACUGGUGCUAGAAUCAAAGGAGCUGUGACGUUCACGUUAAAUGAAAACCCUGUGAGCGGGGAUCCCUUCUGUGUCGAAGUCUGCAUUAUCUCAGUCAAGCGACGGACCAUUCAAAUGUUCAUGGUGUUUGAAGACAGAGUCCAGAUAGUGAAGGAAGUGUUUACUCCAGAGCAACCCUGUGCUGUGGCUGUAGAUGGUUACUACUUAUGUCUUGCACUUACCACACAGUAUAUCAUUUUGAAUUAUAAUACUGGUUUCUCCCAGGAUCUAUUUCCUUAUUGCAGUGAUGAGAAACGGCCAAUUGUGAAAAGGAUAGGCAGACAAGAGUUUCUGUUGGCUGGCCCUGGAGGCCUAGGCAUGUUUGCAACUGUAGAUGGGAUUUCACAGCGUGCCCCUGUGCACUGGUCGGAGAACGUGAUUGGAGCAGCUUUGUGCUUUCCUUACGUGGUUGCUCUCGAUGAUGAGUUCAUCACAGUGCACAGCAUGCUUGACCAGCAGCAAAAGCAAACCCUGCCAUUUAAAGAAGGUCAUAUUCUACAGGACUUUGAAGGAAAGGUGAUUGUUGCUACUAAUAAGGGUGUGUAUAUCUUGGUGCCACUACCUUUGGAAAAGCAGAUUCAGGAUCUUCUAGCUAGCCACAGAGUGGAAGAAGCCCUUGUUCUAGCAAAAGGAUCUCGAAGGAAUAUUCCAAAAGAGAAAUUUCAGGUAAUGUACAAACGAAUCCUGCAGCAAGCAGGUUUUAUACAGUUUGCACAGCUUCAGUUCCUUGAAGCAAAAGAACUCUUCAGAAGCGGCCAGCUUGAUGUCCGGGAGCUGAUCUCUCUCUACCCCUUCCUGUUGCCUACUUCCUCUUCGUUUAUACGGUCUCAUCCCCCUCUACAUGAGUACGCGGACCUAAAUCAGCUGACCCAAGGGGACCAGGAGAAGAUGACAAAAUGCAAACGAUUUCUCAUGAGUUACUUGAAUGAAGUCCGCAGCACAGAGGUUGCAAAUGGUUACAAAGAAGAUAUCGACACAGCUUUACUCAAGUUAUAUGCGGAGGCAAAUCAUGAAAGCCUGCUGGAUCUACUAGUUUCAGAGAACUUUUGCCUUUUAACAGAUAGUGCUGCCUGGCUGGAAAAACACAAAAAGUAUUUUGCCCUUGGUCUCCUGUAUCACUACAAUGGUCAGGAUGCUGCAGCACUUCAGUUAUGGGUGAAAAUAGUUGAUGGAGACAUUCAAGAUUCUACGCGUUCAGAUCUCUAUGAAUAUAUAGUAGACUUCCUUACAUUCUGCUCAGACCAAGAUCUGGUGUGGAAAUACUCUGAGUGGGUUUUACAAAAAAACGAAGAGGUUGGUGUGCAGAUUUUCACUAAAAGGCCUUUGGAAGAACAGGAGAAAACCAACAUUAAUCCAGAUGAUGUUAUCCGUUGCCUUAAUAAAUACCCUAAAGGACGUGUUAAAUAUCUAGAACAUCUUGUAUUGGAAAGAAAAAUAGAGAAAGAAAAGUACCAUACACAUCUAGUUGUCUUGUAUUUGGAGGCAAUACUUCAGCUGAAAUCUGUGACCACAGAUAACUGUACAGAAACCACUGAACUGCUAUUUAAACUACGCAGUCUUCUUCAGAAAUCUGAUCUUUAUAGAAUUCACUUUGUUUUGGACAAAAUCCAGGGCACAGAGCUCCAUAUGGAAAGUGCAAUUUUAUAUGGAAAACUAGAAGAACAUGAGAAGGCUUUGCAUAUCCUUGUGCAUGAGUUAAAGGACUUCCAUGCUGCUGAAGAAUACUGUAUAUGGAACUCUGAGAACAAAGAUGUGCAGUACAGACGGAGGCUUUUCCAUAUGCUGCUGACAGUGUAUCUAAAUCCAGGCACUUCGGAUUGUGAACUAGUCAUGGCUGCUGUGGAUCUCUUGAAUAACCAUGCUGCUGAAUUUGAUGCGGCUUUGGUUUUGCAGCUGGUGCCCGACAGCUGGUCAGUGCAGCUUCUCUCCCCAUUCCUGUCUGGAGCAGUGAGGCAGAGCAUUCAUACAAAAAGAAUGACUCAGGUCGCACUUGGCUUAGCACAAGCAGAAAACUUAAUCUACAAAUACGAGAAGGUUAAACAAAGAGGAACCCCGAUUCUUCUUUCGGACAGAAAGGUCUGUCAGGUGUGCCAAAAUCCUUUCCGCGAGCCUGUAUUUGUAAGAUACCCAAAUGGGGGUAUGGUCCACAAACACUGUGCUGCAAACAGACCUUUGAAUUCAAACAUGGCUCAUCAUUCUUCCAGCUCCAGCAAUCAGACUUGAAAUACGUUCUGGUCCCACAGAUUCACAUGACUAAUACGCCGUUGAAUGUGGGCUGGAAAAAAGAACAAAGUGCAGCUACUUUAGGUAUAGAUCAAGAAGAACAGCUAUUCUUUGGGUUAAUGGGAAGACUUCCAGUAAAUAUGAAAUAUCACCACUUAUCUUUUUGAUUUCUAAUCAAUGUAGAUAGAAAAGAAUUCACUACCAGAAAUGGAGAGGUGCAAAUAUAGGAUCUUCUGUAUAUAGUAAUAAACAGUUAAAGAAAAUGAGCCUUUUCUUCAGAGCAAAGAUGGAAUGUUAUGGACACAAGGCAAACGGUUAAGAAAUGUCACUUUGCACUGAAUAUGGUGUUGAUAAAUUUGUAGAGGUGGAGAUGGCAUCUACUGGAGUUGGAAUUUUUGGAACAUUAUGUGACCAGACUGGCAUCAUGCAGCUUACUAUCAAGAUGAAAACGUGUAUUGGUUACAAUGUUUGCUGCAGAAUGUCCUCUUUUGGGCUGCAUUCUCUUCCGCAGGAUCACAUUAUGAACUUAGUUUUUGCUCUACAAAUUGUGGGCUUUUGAUGCACUUUUUAGUACUUUUCUCCCCCCUCUCUUCUGCUGUACAGAAUUUAAAUGUAAGCACUGGACCAUUACGUUUCUACUCCUACAGUGGUUCUAAUAAACUGAGUGGAAACUGGUAGCAUCUGUCACAGCUGUGCUUGGAAAGAAAAAAAACACACAAAGUCAGAUUGUCUGGUCAGGCUGUAGUCACUUUUAUAUGGGGGAAGAGACCUUAACUUUAAUAUUGAUUUAUUUAUUAAUAUGCAAAUAUAUUGUACAUACAGUUGAAUAAAUUGAUCUUAUAUAAUUCUAAAGUUUCCUUGGAGGAUAAAGAUUUAGCUGAUACGUAAGUGUACAGGUUAUGUGCUAAAUGUUUGCUAUAAUGUAACAGACAGAUUGGAACUGCACUAGAAUGGGAUUUAGUACUCGUAGAUGACUUUGUUCAAUCAAAAUCAUAGAAAGAAGGUAUAAUUGGGAAGAAAUCUACAAAGGUGCACUACAGAGGUACUGGAUUUGUUAUUGUCUACAAAACAUUCUGUAAGCUAAGUUUUUCAAAUAAAAAGGAAAAACCCUUUACUUAACUGCCCUGACAAGUAUUCACACCGCUAUUUAACCAUUUUAAAGUAAUCUGUUUAAAAGAAGCAGCUUCCUACAAGAGGGUUUAAGAAGGAUUUUUAAAUAAAAAUUAAGUAUUUCAAAAUUAAAGCAUUUCCUUUUAAUUCUGUAAAGCUCUAACAAAUGCCAGGCUUACUGACCAGCAUGGAAUUGAGUUAGUAUGGCUGCUCACUGUUUCGGUGUUCCAAGUCAGAGCGGAAACCUUCAGCAAAAUGGGAUGUCUGCAUGGUAUCUCUUAGAUGCGGUCUUGACAGAGAUCUCCUGGUAUGGAAAGACUGACUUAUGAAAGAGCCUUGUAGGCAUAGUGCUUCCUCCAGGAUGGGGUAACCAGACUACAUCCAGAAGGGGGAAAAAGAAAAAAAAUCUAUUUCUUUGACUUUGAAGCAAAAGACCUUUGGAUCUUUCCCGAGUUUGAAAUUUAAAAUGUAUAGCUGUUAUCUUGGGUUUUAAAAAACGAAUAAAAUCCAAGCAAGGAAUUUUGUAACACUUUCUGCUAAGACAUGCAAGCCACAUUUAGUGAAAGACACCUUCAAAAAUAAGACAAACAUGAACAUUUGACUCAAGUCUGGCAUGAGCAGGUUGUUCUGUAUAUUAUAUAUUCAUGGUUUGCAAACAUUGUGUAUACAGCUGGCAAUGAUGACGUAGGCAAAUUUAUAGUUCCCUGUCCUCAAAACGGUUGUUGAUAGAAAGGAAGUGAUUUUUACAAAGAUCUGAUAAGCGUUUUGCGUGUAGUAGCAUGCAUGUCAUAAGAAAUACUUUCUUUCGCUGCAUCAUCCUCAGUGUGCUCUUUGUUCCUAUCUAAUCAGGAGAUCCUAAACAAAAAUCACUGUCCGUGAUUAAGAUCAGUUCUAGCUGCAAGGUAGUGAUGAACGUCAGCCUUUUCAACUAGUGUUGCAGUGGAAUAGAGAUCGUAUUAUUCCAAACCAUAAGAAAUUUCUUAAUUUAUAUUGCAUGAAAAAGCGUGGCUGUAAAAAUUUAAACAAUUCUUUAUUAAUAUUCAAUAUUUUUUCAGAUCUGUACUUUGGAUCUGUGCUAAAAUGCAGCAGUAAUAAUUGUACAUACGGAAAUCGGAGUAAUGCAGGGUAACGUAUUUGCAAUCAUAAUGACCAAAACAGUGAUUAAUAUUUAAGUUGAGGGUUCUAAUUCUUUUAGGCCUCCAGAAAUGUGGACUAGAAAAAUGUUGGCAUUUGAUUCAUACUUUGUUACCUGUUUGUUUGAUUAAUUUUAUACUAAAACUUAUUUGGAUGAUUUAACAUGGAAGUCCUAUAGUUACCAAAAGAAAAAGCAAAAAAAAGAAAUUGAGGCUGAGGUAGACCAAGAGCUCGCAGAGAGGUGGCAGGUGGAGGAUGCUCUUCAAGUGUGCAUACAGCGCUUGUGCAGUUGGGUAGCGCUCAACCGGAGUUGAUGACAGCCUAUGUCAGAGUGGUGCUUGGUAUUCUGUAUUGUAUUGCUAUGAAAUUUAUGGAAGUUGCCUGCAUUGAAAUUCCACUUGGUGGGACAAUUACAACACUCCUUGGGUAAGAAGUUCAUAUUGAAGAACCCGAGUUCCUUCCUCCUUUUGUUGUGGCACUGUGCGUUUGCUUCUUAUUUCAUGUACCUGAAGUCCUGGGACAGCUUUGCUACUGCGGUAAGUUCCUCUGGUGUGGCUGCAGCAGCAAGGAGGGAAUGAAUAGUAAUCUGGUUAUUAGUUGCUGAUGGGAUACAUGAAGAAGGAGAGGCAGGAAAGAGAAGUAUUUCUUUGACUGUCCUCAUUUGGAAAUUAAAUGUGUUCUGGGACUAUACGUUUGAUGCAAUCAUUUUAUUUUGGCUUAGGUGAUGUGGUGUCUCAGACCUGCCCUUGUUGAGAAGAGGUUCAGUCAGGAUAUUUCCUCUUAAUUUUGCUAAAUAGUUUGUAAUUAAUUUGUUUCACUUUUCUUUUUCAAAUGAGUCUCCUCCAACUUUGUCUGUGUGGAGGCAGAAGCUGUAGGGCAAUUUUUUUGUUUUAUUUUUUAAAAAUGUGACUGUGUGUCUGUGAUUCAGGACGUAAAAAAUGAGAUUAGUCUCUCACACAGAUGCUUUUGCAGAUAUUGAGGCACGUUUACUUAACAUGUAGCUUCCGGUUACAGAAAUAUUGCAGCUCUGACUUUUUUUAGCAUCCUCCAUUACAAUUGCUGAUACAUAAAGCACUUAAACCUUUUCCUGCUUUUCCGUAUCUCCACACUUCCUCACAUAAAAUUUACCUAUGAAUUUUACGUGUCAUCACAUGCAAUUUUUCCCCUAAGUCAAAAAGAGAGGAGAAACACUAAUGAGGAAAAAAAUUGCCCAGAAUCUGGCACUCUUCUAAAAAUAAGAGUAAUAGCUGUAUAUUUAUGAGAAAGAAAUUAAAAUCUAACUGAAAUUCUGUGAUUUAAAGGCAUAAGUUAUUACUUUGAUAAUAUUACAAGAAUACUGAUCUCGAAGCCUGGAGAAAAUAAGUAGUUGGGUUUUGUUACAUAGAGCAUAACACAGGUACCUGUGACUUCAGGCAGCCCAUGCUGUGGUGGGUCAGAUGCGCACAGGAGUCUGGGUUACAAUAGGAACUUCUCUGUUUGGUCCCCCUACUCCCUACCUCCAAAAUACUUCCAACAUUUCUUCCCUGAUUAUUGUCAUUCUUCUAGCACUUAAUUGACAUAAGCGUAAGCCUUAAGAGUUCCAGGCGGAGUCCUGAGCCCAUCUGUCUUUGUUCAAUGAAAUGUCACUUUAUUAUGUCAACCACAUGAAUCUCUAACAAUGUCAGCUGAGGAAAGGUGGUGGGAGGAACGUUGUGCGGAUAUGUUUUCCGAGACCCUUAUUACAUGUUUAAACACAAGCAUUAUCCUGACUCUGCUGAAUCUUUAUAACUGUAUCUGUUCUUCGCAGGACUCCUAUCCUGAGUGUCAUAAAAAAAAUUUAUUUUAAUCAGUUGUAUUAAGAAGUAACUUUUUAUUUUAUUAUUCUCCCCAAUUUGUUGCAGUUUCUAUUCACCGUAACUCCUAAGUGUUUGAUCAACAUCCUGCUGUUUAUAUUAGGCAGCAACUAAUGCAUUUUCAUUGUUGAGCUCCUGUUGCCUAUAUUUACUAAUUAAUUUUUCUCUUGCUGUAAAACACUCCAAGGUUUAUGCCUUGUGAACGCUGAUACUUAAAUAUGCUGCUAUUGUUAAGGAGAAAAGAAGAAAUGAAGUUAAUGAUGUUCUGUAGUGUCUGAUUGAUUACAAAACCAAAGUUCCCCUGGAGUAAAUUUGUUCAGAUGGAGAUUUGUACUGUUAAGUCAGAAGGCAUUAACGAUUAUGUUGUUGAACAUACACAGCAGUAUGUGGAAUGUACAAAUGUAUAAACAUGUUCAUUUUUAAUAAAAAAACCCUCUUUUAAUUAUGUUUCAGUCAUUCAUUCCUGGA